AUGAAACGAAGAAAAGCAAUCGGUCCAAUGUUAAAACAAUGGACCAUCUUGAAUACAACAAAAUUAUUCUGCUCAAAUUUCAUCUUUCUUCUAUCCUUUUUUACUUUCGUCAAAUCUGCAUAUGAUGACUGGGAAUAUCAGAGUUACAUUCAAGCUCUGGCGUAUAGUGCUAAAUUGAUAAUUCGACCCGAAUCAUCGACAGUUGUGGCAGAUACAAGGGUUAGCUUCUUUUGCCGUGCCGAUGGCAAUCCAUUACCUACAAUUGAAUGGAAAAAAAAUGGUUUAUCAAUUUCUGAUUUAAGGUUUUCAACAAAAACUCUUUCAAACGGAUUGAGCACAUUGCGAAUUGAACCGGUUAGGUUAACUGAUGCAAAUUCAACAAUAAGCUGUACGGCAGAUAACGGAAUUGGUAAUCCGGUUAUUGCUGAUGCUAUACUUACCGUCCUAUCACCUGAUAAAUUACCAACCGGAUUUCCGGUAAUUGAAGCACAUCCAGUGUUAAAAUCAGUUGAACAAGGUCGUACAGCACACGUCUCAUGUAGGGUACGUGGUGAUCCUCGUCCAAAGGUGUUAUGGCUUCGAGAUUUAAUGCCUGUUGAUAUUCGAUCUAAUACACGAUACUCCGUUUCCACUCUUGGUAAUCCAGGUGCAUUAAUGAUACAACAAGCAAAAGAGGAUGAUCAAGGCAAAUAUGAAUGUGUCGCAAGGAAUAUUCACGGUGUCACACAUUCUAAAGCUGCUCAUUUAUAUGUUAAAGUUCGACGAGUUCCGCCGUACUUUUCGUAUAAACUUGAGCGCUUAUAUAAAACUGCACCAGGUGGAGCGCUUAAUUUAACUUGCGUUGCUGUGGGAUAUCCAAUGCCGCGGGUAUUCUGGAAAAAAUCCGAUGACACAUAUCUUAACGAUCCACAAUCUGCACCAAUUGGUCGCAAUGUGUUAACGUUGACAAAAAUUGAGAAAACUGAGAAUUACACAUGCGUUGCAGUUAGUAAACUUGGUAAUAUCGAAGUAAUGACAACUGUCGAAGUAAAAUCACUACCUCGUGCACCAAAGAAUUUGCAAGUGUUUGAUGUGACAUCUAAUAGUGUUCGUAUAAGUUGGGAUCCGGUAUACAUCGAGAUGGAACCGGUUCUCAAAUAUAUCAUCAGAUAUCGCCAAAAGAAUGUUGCUAACUUAUCAACACCAAUAUUUCCAACUAAUGAUAUCGAAUAUGAUGAGGAAUUAUUUAAGCAGAAAGAAGUAAGCGCAAAUGUCACUACCACUGUUAUCACUGAAUUGGAACCUUAUCAGUUAUAUGAAAUCACAGUGUCAUCGGUUAAUUUAAUUGGCCGUGGUACUGCAAGUCUGCCAAAAGAGGUGCAAACGGAUGAAACAGCGCCGAAUAGUCCACCACAAAAAGUACAAGCACGAGCAUUAAGCCGAAGUUCUAUUUUAGUUCGUUGGGAACCACCAAAAAAACCAAAUGGACAAAUUACGGGUUAUAUCAUUCAUUACACCAAUUUGGAACCAACGACACCGUACAAUUUGUGGAAUAGUCAAGAAACUAAAUCGGAUGAGUUAAUUGCAACAAUAGCAAAUUUAGAAUCUGAAAGUAUUUAUUAUCUGCAUGUGCAAGCAAGAAAUGCUAAAGGAUUAAGUCCAAUGUCAUCACGUGCGACGGUUUUCACGCGACAAGGAAUUCCGGGACAACCAGCAGGUCUUACAGCAAAAGUUCUUGAUUCACAUCGAAUUCAACUUACAUGGGAUAAACCGUUACAUUCAUAUAAUAUUAUCGGUUAUUCAAUUCAUUUUAAUGCAUCAACCGGAAACACUCGUGAAUUAACACUUACAAUACCGGUAGAGAAACAUAUCAUCGAUGGAUUAAUUCCGGAUACCUUUUACUCUUUUCGGGUAGCAGCUCGUUCAGCAAGAGGUACUGGCGCAUUUUGUACGGAUAUUACUGUAAAAACACAUCCAAAUGUUCCGACAAUUUCACCAAAAAUUAUUGUGCUAAGAGCGCUUUCAUCACAAUCCUUAUUUAUUCGUUGGAAAGCGCCAUUGCUUGAUUAUCGUAGUGGUAAAAUACGAAGUUAUCUGAUCCGUUGGCGUCCGGUUUUGGCAAAAAAUGAAACGGAAAACGGUAAAAUAUGGCAAAGUGAUGAAGAAGAUGAAGAAUUGUUGUCCGGAAAAGGUGAAAAAAAAGAAAAACGAUGGUUGGAAAUGAUUCAGGAUGCUUCAUUAGAUAAUAGCGCAAUUAUUAGAGGAUUAAAUCCGUAUUCAAUAUAUGAAGUAAGCGUUGCAGCCGGUACUGAAAUGGGUUACGGAAUUGGAAGUGAACCGGAACAAGUACAAACCGAAGAAGAUGGUUGGUAUUGUGUAAUUUGCAUGCAUGCUUUUGAUAAUUUAAAAAGUUUAAUAAUUUAA